GUCAAAGGUUUUCAAAACCUGAGGUUCAUAGAGACUCAAAAUUGUAGCACCUUUAAUCAGUACAGGUUUGACUUUCAGGUAGAGAUGGGAAGUUUUCUCAGGUGAGAGAUAAGACAAUAAGAGCAGCAACUUAAACCACAGAUACGCAAAGAGAAAUUAGAAGAAAGAAACAGCCAAUCAAAGGGACUGGAAAAAAUAGAGGAUUACAUGCUGAAAAGACACAAAUUUAGAUAAAAACAAAAUAUAAAAAAAUGGCAGCAGGAAGGAGACUAGAAAAGAUAGUAAAGAUAAUUUGACACAUACAAUGAGACAAAGAGAGAAAAAGCCACAGACAUAGGAACAGAAAGAAAAUAUGACUUUACCUAUAGUGAAGAAAAGUUUAGUCAGAGAAAGACAAAAUGGAACUGUGGAUCAUUUGAGAAAUGGGCUACUGAUUGCAAAUUAACUAGGCAUAUUGAUUCAAUUGCCUUAUGUUUAAAUUUCAGAUCAGAGACUAAGGGUCCAGAAGGAGGGUUGAGGGAAUUGCUGAGAUGUUGCUACAGAGAGAUGUUGCUGAAAUCUAUGAGGCCCAGACUCUAAGGGCAAGGGCCGACAAGAGAUACCACCUUCCUUCCUCUGUGAGGUUAGAGGAAAGACGUAUUUUUGUCCUGAUUCCAUUAUUUGUACUCAAAAGAGAUAACUUCGAGGGAUCAGGAAGGAAAACACGAACCAUUCCUCACUAUUUGCUGAAUUACCCAAAGUCACUAUGGUAGACUGGAAUAACAGUGAUGCAAUGGAGCCCAUAUUUAUCCUGAAGGGUUUUCCUGGACUGGAGUAUGUUCAUUCUUGGCUCUCCAUCCUCUUCUGUCUUGCAUAUUUGGUAGCAUUUACAGGUAACGUUACCAUCCUGUCUGUCAUUUGGAUAGAAUCCUCUCUCCAUCAGCCCGUGUAUUACUUUAUUUCCAUCUUGGCAGUGAAUGACCUGGGGAUGUCCCUGUCUACACUUCUCACCAUGCUUGCUGUGUUAUGUUUGGAUGCUCCAGAGAUCCAGGCAAAUGCUUGCUAUGCUCAGCUGUUCUUCAUCCACACAUUCACAUUCCUGGAGUCCUCAGUGUUGCUGGCCAUGGCCUUUGACCGUUUUGUUGCUAUCUGUCUUCCACUGCACUACCCCACCAUCCUCACCAACAGUGUAAUUGGCAAAAUUGGUUCGGCCUGUUUGCUACGAAGCUUGGGAGUUGUACUUCCCACACCUUUGCUACUGAGACACUAUCACUACUGCCAUGGCAAUGCGCUCUCUCAUGCCUUCUGUUUGCACCAGGAUGUUCUACGAUUAUCCUGUACAGAUGCCAGGAUCAACAGUAUUUAUGGGCUUUGUGUAGUCAUUGCCACACUAGGUGUGGAUUCAAUCUUCAUACUUCUUUCUUAUGUUCUGAUUCUUAAUACUGUGCUGGGUAUUGCAUCUCGUGAAGAGCAGCUAAAGGCACUCAACACAUGUGUAUCCCAUAUCUGUGUGGUGCUCAUCUUCUUUGUGCCAGUUAUUGGGGUGUCAAUGGUCCAUCGCUUUGGGAAGCAUCUGUCUCCCAUAGUCCACAUCCUCAUGGCAGACAUCUACCUUCUUCUUCCCCCAGUCCUUAACCCUAUUGUUUAUAGUGUCAGAACAAAGCAGAUUCGUCUAGGAAUUCUCCGCAAGUUUGUCCUAAGGAGGAGGUUUUAAGUAACCUCUAUCCUCCAACUUUCCACUGAAAAUCUCAUGGAAGCUAUUUCAGUAUAUGAAAAGUAAAAUAUCUUGGUGUUGCUCAUCUGGUUAAAAUCCUAAUUCUUUCACUUCUUAUACAUGUAAUUUCAGUUAAUCUUUAACCAAUAUGAAACUCAGGAUUUUUUUGGACAAAUUGUGACAACUAUGGCCUUAUGUUGUCCCCAGGUCACUACAAGACUUAUAAUAGAAAAUGUAUGUGCUAAAUCAAGUUUUUUGAAAACUAUACAAAAUUAUUAAUGUUAUUAAGUUGUCAUUGUUGUCAAUGAUAAUAAUAGCAGUAUUUUCCUUCUUAAAUGUAACUAUGUUUAUAUUGUUUCUCAUGCUAAUUAUCUAAAACUCAGAAAUUAAUCUCUAUCUCUUUUACUAAUACUGCUGCACGUAUUUUGUUUUUCAUGCUACAAUGUCAUAACUGUUUAUGAAAAAUUUGAGUCCUUAGGGCAAUUUUGGAACUUGAGUUCCUGACAGGAUUUUGACCUGCUGCUGUGGCCAUUUGCUAUGUACAAGUUCUAAUCUCAUCACUUAGUGAUGUGUCCUUUCUCUCAUUGCUAUUCUAGAUCUAUCAGCUUCCUCAAUUUGCCAGCAAAUACUGAGUUAGAUACAUGGGAGUGUUACCAAAUAUAGUUUCAGUUGCUUGCCACUUGCAAAAUCAAAUAACAAGAAUGAAGGUGGUAAGAAGAAAGUUACUAUUCCAGAGCUUAGUGAUGAGGAAGGGCCAGAUUUGUACUGAAAGGAGACACUUCAGCAUUCUGGGCAGAAAGCAGGGUUUUAAUAAGAGAAAUUUUGGUAUGCAGGCCAUGCAGAAGGCACAUAGACUUGUGGGGUCUAUAUGGCUUGCUCACGGAUGUUUAUCUUGGGUCAUCUGGUGGGUCAUCCAGUGGUCUGGCCAGUGGGGGAGAAUUUGGUAGGAUGCUUGGUUUGUUUUAAGUCUUGGUCUAUGGAACUUCUUUUUCUUUCUUUUUCUUUUUUUUCUUUUGAGACUGAGUCUUGCCCUGUCACCCAGGUGGAAGUGCAAUGGCGUGAUCUCUGCUCACUGCAACCUUUGCCUCCUAGGUUCAAGCAAUUCUCCUGCCCCAGCCUCCCGAAUAGCUGGGAUUACAGGCAUGCGCCACCAUCCCCAGCUAAUUUUUGUAUUUUUAGUAGAGGCGGGGUUUCCCCAUGUUGGCCAGGCUGGACUCGAACUCCUGACCUCAGGUGAUUUGCCCACCUUGGCCUCCCAAAGUGUUGGGAUUACAGGCGUGACCCCCCCAGACCAGCUGGCCUAUGGAACGUCUAAGAAAACAUAGAGUAAUAUAACGAAGUCAUGCUUGCAGGUGGUUUGGCCAGUGGAAAGAAAGGGAUGUAAACGUUGUAAUUGCAUUACUAAAGAGCAAAGUAAGAGGUGAGGGAAAAGGGGAAAAAUUGUAAAAUAUAUAUUUUUUUUAAGAAAAUGGGGUACUCAGUUACAGGAAUUGCUGAAGAAAGCCUGACAGUACAUGUCUAACCAUCUGGGCAAUUGUGUUGACUCUGUUCAAUACUAUAGGACAAGAUUUUAUGUCUUAAUUUGUGAAUGGUUAAGAGUUGUGCACAAUCUCAAUCCUCAUCUUUUAAUAAUACUUUUACCUCUUGUUCUACAUGCCUGUGUGGAUCUGUAGUAUUGUGUUUUUAACCAAUUUAUUUUUGAUAACCCAUUACUUUUUUCUUUUUCACUAGAGUGAACUACAGAUAUGUUUUUAUGGGUGAUAUUUUAUUAUUUCAUAUAAAUUCACUUUCUUUUCAGCUGUAUUGCACACUUUUUGAAUAUGGGGCCAUGUGUAUUACCUUAUCACAGCACUAUACAGCUGGUCUUCCCCAACAAUCAUGAGUACUCAUUAAAUAAUUGAAAUAACUAUUAUAGUUAUUGCUGUUAGUACUGUGGAUAUAUAAAUAGCAAAAUGCAUAAUGUUAAUGUUAAAUAAUGAAUGUUUAAUAGUGAAGAUACAUAGAAAAAGAUUAGUAAAAUUAAGUGUAACCAAUGGUAUUGGAACAGGUACAUUUUAUAAUAUUGAUAUAUUAAUAAGUGGUCAAUUUUACUUGAGGACUUAAGAAUCAAUAAUCAGAGUAGUUGACACUUUCACUGUGCAUUGUGAGUCAAAUUCAUUCUUGACCAGUUGAACACAGUUGGAAAUAAAGUGGCGUACCAAAGCUGGCACAUAAGAGACAAUUGUGCAUAUCUUGUUCUGCUUUUGUGCUCUGUAAUGUCAUAUAGGUGGUUUGAAAUUGGUUAUGAUGGAAGUAUUUAAACUACAGAAAUUGGUAAACAUUAUAUAUCAGGGCUUUAAAUUUUUUCUUAGAGAGGAGGUGGUUAAACACUUACCAACACAUCACUGGGAAAGGUAUUCUAGAAAGAGAAGGUAACAUGAAGAAAGCAAAGAGUUUAGAAAGAGUGUGUGUUAGUAACAUUCUUCAGUCUAACUUAAAACUUACCCAAAGCAUUUUGCAUUUCCUCCCGCAAAAAAAAGGGCUCUGACAUGGGCUAUGAUGGACAAAGACAUGCAGUUUCAGCCCCAUUUCAAUGAAAGACUUGUAGUCCCCGCUGCUGGCAGUAAGUCCAGUAGAAAGCCUUCAAUUUUUUUUUUUUACCUUUUCAGGAAUUGCCUCGGCUGGAGAAAUGAGCCUUGCCUGGGGUCAUCCACUGACCCAUUAAAUGACUAAGGUAGAAAUUUGGAAAGGUCUGGCCCCUUCAGCCCAGUGAAGAAAACAUUCACUGGGCAAUUUUAUAUCCAGGACUCCCUGUGAUGUUGGACAAGGCUACCUUCAGGCCUGAUUCACAGCUCAACUUUUCCUUCUGCCCAAUCCUACCCACUUUCAUUCCUUUUCAUUUUUAAGAUGAUUAUCCCAGGGACUCUCUUAUUAAACAAACUGCACACUAAAUUUUACCUCAAAGUCUGCUUCCCAGAGAACCCUGAAAUGAGAAGUUCUCAGAAAACCUGUGACAUGAAAGUGUUAGGGGUGGCUAAUAUCCAAGUCUCAUGACAUCAAAUAUAGUACCGGUGGAAGGUAUUCAAGUUACCAGUGGCAAAUCCAUAUGGGUCUGCAGCAACCUCAAUUUUUGCCUCCUCAGAAGAAAGAAAUUGACUGAGGGGCGUAAGGCAGAGAAAGAGAUCAAGGCAAGUUUCGAGCAGGAGUGGAAGUUUAUUUAAAAAUGCUUUAGAAGAGGAAAAAAGGAAAGUAUGCUUGGAGGAGACCCAAGUGGGUAAAUUGAAGGACAAGUGCUGUGUUUAACCUUAUUCCUAGGACUUUAUAGUCUGGCCCCUUUCCCGUGAUCCUUCCCUUAGAGUGGGCUACCCACAUGCACAGUGCCCUCCUUACCCUUAGGAAGUGAGCAUGCACAGUGUGUUUAGGAAGUCGUAUGCGUGCCCAUCUGAGGCUUUCUUCCCUUUCUCGGUGGUGUGCCCUCAGAAGGUCAUACUCCUUCAUUUUGUCUCUUAAUGCACAUGUCUAGAAAGUUACUUUCUUUUGGCAUCUGCAUUCUAUUAGCAGUUUAGUGCAACAGGUGUGGACCAUCAGGAAAUGGCGUCUCCCUGGCACAGGCUGCCAAUUUAUCACUUUUAGAGAGGCAAUGUGAUAAUUGCCCAACCAUUGCCUAACAUUCCUAGUGUGUGAGCUAGAGCCCUUUCCUGCCCCACUCAUGCCUAACUACCUGUAACAUAAGAAAGAUAACAUUCUCAAGGAUACCUUUUUUUCAGGCAGAUGAAACAGGAUAAGAAUUCAAGAGCAAAUAUCCAUGGUUUUUAAAUCUCUUAAGUUUCAAGCAGAAGAUCAAACACAGUGUGUAAGCCUGGAGAACUAAAAAUAACCUGUAAUUCAAGUUGACAUUGUGAGAUGUAUGUAUACAACCAUCUUCUACAAUCUAUGUACUUUCUUAAUAGUAUGUCUGAUGACUAGAAAUGUUCUUAAUUUUAAUUAAGUCCAAUUUAUAAAUUUGCUUUUAUGUUUAGUGCUUUUAUGUAUUUUUAAGGAGAUAUUUGCCUAUUCUGUCAUUCAGGAUCCAGUCAGAAGACAAAAAUCACACAGUAAUUUGAAUAGAGUUUAUAAAUAUAAAUACUUAUUAAUUUUGUAAGGAAAUCAACUUUAAAGAAGGUAAAGACAAUGAUGAGUAAUAUCCUAGAGAUAAGAGAGAUUAUUGAAAGAGAAAACAAACUUGGAAAAUGGGGAAGGUACUCCCCAAGCCCAAGGUUGAAACUUCAUUUGAGAGUGCAUAGUCUUAGCAUCCAGGAGGAUGCCAGAAAAGGUCAUUACACUGCAUGUGUUAAGAAAGACACCUCUGUGGGGAAUAGGUGAACCAAGGAUGAGAGACUAAGAUUCCUUUUCGGGACUGAGUAGUAGGAAGCACCAGGUGAGCUGAGGCUUGUAGGCAGGGAACUAUAGUUGGCAUUGGCAAGCAGAUGAUAACCCCCUUUGAAGUACAGGUGGGCAGCAAAUCACAGUUUGGACUGACAAGCUGGAAACACCCCUCCAGGGUCCAAAUAGGUUAUUUGGGAAGCCGGUCCCUAGAGUAAGUGCAAGACUCAGUAAGAGUCUAGUCAUAUGGGUAUUGUUGAAAUUUGAUAGGAUGAGUAUUACUAAAUAUUUCUCAUUACAUGCCUCUGAUUUUUGCACUGUAGAAGUGAGAAUAAUCAAAGAGAAGUACACAAGAACUUCUCCUACAAAUGUCCCUGCAGCACCCUCUGCUGGCCAAGUUUAACAUCAUGAAUCUGUGAAGGAAAAAAUGUCCAUUGAGCCCAGUUCCAUUGAUGCAGAGUAAGCAAUGAAGUCUAUAUUUGAAACUGGGACAAUAAAUAAAUAACUGACACAUUUACUGAUAUUAUCAAUGAUGUUCUUCUGUGUAAUUUUUGAAAAUUGUAAGGCUUUCCUUUUGAUAUUUCUAAAUACAACACAUGUAGAAUUUAUUUUUAUGAAUGAUGAGGUAAGGUCAAGGCAUAUUUUUUGAUAUGAAUACAUAGUUCAGUUAGAACUGUGUAAAAGAAAAUAAAAAUUGAAGGACCCCCCAAACUUGUGCAGAAGUGAAGACUAAGUCCUGAAGCUGAAUCAUUGCAACACUCUCUUCCACGUGAAUAACUGUUACUAACAUUAUAUAUCAGCUAGAUUGGAAAGGUAAAUGGCCUCAGGCAUCUGGGAAGGGCUGCCCACGGAUCAUUCGUAAGUAAAUUCUUUGCUUGCCUCCCAUAAACAAGGACACGCUAGUUGUAAAUUUAGGUCCACAAUCCAAGUCUAGCUCCUAAAACUCCACACCGAUUAUGUCACUUACAAGUUUAUCUUCCCAGGUGCAGAAAAGAGUCAAGAUUCAUUUUCUUCACCUACCCAGAGAUGACUACAUAAUUGAGUCUUCCUUUACUCCCUUUCUUGCUUCAGACAUUCACCUUAUCUUACAUAAAAUGUAGAUUUACUGAACACUAACUGAAGUCUCAGGAAUGUAAAUAUUUCCCCUACUGCUCAACCUACAUGCCUCCCCUUUCCCCCUUUUAAGGAAAUGGAUAAAUACACAACUUCCUGAAAACUUUUGUGGAAAUAGGCACAGAUGUGUUGGUGGCUUUUGUUUUUCCCAGAAAUGCCCUAAACCUGGCUUAAUAAAC